UAUGCUUCGUUUACUCGUUUUAAUCUGUUCAGGGCGCAUGCAACGAUAUUCUGUUCAGGGGAGGCAUUGAACCUUUGAAAGCGACCUACGCCUUGGACGCACACACGCUUGAAAAACGUACCGUCACCAUAACUACCACGCAGUUAGGCCAAUAAACUUUCCCAUUUCCCGGCAAACAACUGAAGACUUUCCUUCUAUUUUGACAAACAAAUUUCAUUUUUGACAUCUUCAAAAGUGCUCAAGCCGUCUGUGAUAUUUACAAACGUAUGUUUACGUAUUUAAAGUCUUUGUAAUACCUUUGAAUUAAGUAAAAGUGGUUUGUAUGUACGAGGAUGGCCUUCAACUUCGAUAGUGGUCAGUUCAACAGUGAAUCAACACCGAAGCGACUGGGCAACUGGCAGGUCCCACGAUGGGCGCCAACAAGAGCAAGACCUUUAGAAAUGCGACCCGAUCCCAAACCAAUCUGUGAUAUCAACGGCCACUUCCUACCAGGAGCUCCGAGGGGAACAUCGCGUUGUUUUGGCCAUUACACCGGUACCUGGGAGCUGCCGAGGAAAAUAACCAGAAAAGUUGCGGAGGAGCUAGCGAAGGAGCCUCCGAAUGGGAGAUUUCCCGAUUGGUUGAAUCUUCGUGUUCAAAGACCGAAGGUGAUCGCUCAGACGCGCCUGCGCGGCGGGAAACGCGGCAAACCUCAGCGAGCGCCUGGUGCGACUGAAUUGAAAGAUGCCGAGCAGACGUUCGAACCACACCAAUGUCCAUUUCACAAGACCAAAAAGACUAGAAUCGAAAGAAUACUUGACUGCUAACGCACUAUUUAUUAGUAACAUUUUUGGUGAUCUAUGUGUUUAUAUUUUUUGACUAAUUCUUUAAUAAUGGUUGUGUCUAAAAUGUAUAAUAUGGACUUCUAAAUUACAUGUCUGUGCAUAGAAGG